UUUCUGGUGACGUCAGUGUGGUGCUGUGCAGAGUCACUGCGUCUGCUGGAGUGUAAAUAAGGAAAGAUCUCGAAGCUGACUUGCGCCUUCUUCGAGUUACAGCUCAGUUCCCAUAACACUGACUUGGGAUCGUGACUCGAGUGAGAGCUUCGAGUCGCGAAGUUCGUCGUGUUUUCAAGCUGCCCUGAGGUAGCAUCGCCAGUUAGCAUUGUGAGCUAUCUGCUGAACAUCCGUGGGUCCGCCGCGGGUGAAUCCGCCUCUAUGCGCGGGGUUUAUCUCGUUGGUGUGGCCUGUACUUUGUGAACGCUGGGUGGCUCGUCACAGUUUGACUCCGCCCACCAUGGCGGCAGGCGAGACGGACCGCGAGGAGGAAACGUUGCAGACUGCCUUCAAGAAGCUGCGAGUGGAUGCUGAGAGCGCACUCGGAGCUGCGAGCGCUCCAGAGUCUCCCCGAGUAGCGACCAGGGUUUGUGCGGAUGUCGGCGCGGUCAAGUCCAAACUGGGCGGUGCCAAGGACAACUGGCACGGCUGCGUGAGGAAGACGUCGAGAGCGGCCAGUCGAACGCAACGGCGCCGCAGGUCCAAGUCGCCCAUCCUCCAAGCGGCCAGGUUCACCUACUGCAGCGCCUCCGCUCUGGCGCCUCCCGGUGGCUGCCUAAAGCAGCAGCGCCUGGCUGCGCCCACCGAGCCUCGUCCUGACAGAGGAAGUCCCGCCACCUGCAAAGACCUCGCUACUCCAGGCGCUCUUAGCCCCACCUCCACGGCCGUCUUCGGCUCGACCGCUGGUUAUGUUACGCCCGUGGGAGCUGCCGGGUCCUCGCCAGACUUCCCAGCUCGUCCUUUACCGGCUGCACAUCCCAGAAGGGACGAGGAAUGUUCUGGAAGAGUACAUGAGACCGUUGCCGAGUCAGCCGACUUCCAGGCUUUAUCCAAACUGCACAGCUGCACGUGCACUCUGACCGACGCUGUCACGGAACGGCAGGAUGUGAGCGAGUGUCCGUGCCGGUCCAAAGUUGACGGCUGGAACAGCGUGGAGGCGUACUCCUUCACGGGACUGCGUGAUGUCAUCUCAGAGUGCGAGCACCAACAGGCCCCACCCAGAACUGACUGUAGUGCCACCGCUUCUCUGUUGUCUUCCUCGCCAGCAUCUCCUCGCUCGUGCUCAGAGCAGGCGCGCGUCUUUGUGGACGACGUGACCAUCGAGGACCUGUCUGGCUACAUGGAGUUUUACCUGUACAUCCCCAAGAAGAUGUCGCACAUGGCAGAGAUGAUGUACACCUGAAGCACGGCUCACAGGUCACAUGACCGGACACGCUUCCUCUUUUCUUCAAUAAAGUCAAAAAUCCAACUUUUCUUCUUUAAUUUU